GUAUUGGCGCUGAUGGACCUGCACCAGUGCACUUCGAACCUCAGGUGGCAGUGCUGUGUGAUGCGAAAUCGGACACACCGUACUACAGCCAGUACAUGUCGGAAAACGGUCGGUGGACGUCCGACACGAAACGCAAAGUCGGCUGUUUAAAGGAGAAAGUGGACAUUUUGGACUAUUGUAAAAAAGUGUACCCAAAGAACGACAUUACUAACAUCGUGGAGUCCAGCCAUUACGUAAAAAUUGGUAACUGGUGCAAAAUGGGAUACAACAAAUGUAAGCACACGGACUGGGUGAAACCAUACAGAUGUCUUGAAGGACAAUUCCAGAGCGACGCUCUACUGGUACCCGAGAACUGUAUAUUUGAUCAUGUGCACAAUCAAAGCAAAUGCUGGCCAUUUGAUCGCUGGAACCAGACAGCUGCCCAAGCCUGCCAGGACCGAGACCACAAUCUGCGAAGCUUUGCCAUGCUGUUGCCCUGCGGCAUAUCCCUAUUCUCCGGCGUGGAAUUCGUCUGCUGUCCCUACAAAGAUAAAAUCCAAUUGAAGAAAACCGCGCCAAUUGCUGCGGACAGUCUUCUCUCGACGGAUCAAUUUGACGUAGAAGAAGACAUCGAUGAUGAUGACGAUGAUGAAGAUGAUGAUGACGACGUAAACGACGAGGAAGAUGAUGACGAUGAUUACGACAACUAUGACGACGUGCCACCAUCUCGCACUUCAUCGACAUCGAGUUCGACCACUACCACCUCGACCGUGCCGACGACCACAAGGAAAGAGACUACUACCACCACUACGUCGACCACAUUCACACCACCGACUACAACCGAAAGCUCUCACACAACACCCUCCGGUCCAGUCAGAAACUUACCUACCCCGGACACGUACUUCACGCAUUUCGAUCCCAGAGACGAGCACAAACUGUACAAAGAGGCUCUGAAUCGGCUAGAGGAAUUGCACCGCGAGAAGGUGACCAAGGUGAUGAAGGACUGGUCUGACUUGGAAGAACGGUACCAGGAAAUGCGUUCCAAGGACCCGCACAUGGCUGAAGAGUUUAAACAACGCAUGACGCUUCGUUUCCAGCAAACCGUACAAUCCUUGGAAGAAGAAGGCUCGGCGGAAAAACAUCAACUGUUUGCCAUGCACCAGCAGAGAGUGAACGCUCAUAUUAAUCACAGGAAGAAGGAAGCCAUGAAUUGCUACGUUUUCGCACUCAACGAAAAUCCUCCUAAUACACACAAAGUGCAGAAAUGUCUUCAGAAACUACUUAGAUCGUUGCACAAGGACCGUCAUCACACAAUAGCGCAUUAUCGACACUUGCUGGCGUCCAGCAUCGAAUUGGCCGAACGCGAAAAAUCGGUUACUUUGGAACAUUUGGUGGACAUCGAUCACAUGGUCAAUCAAUCGCUACAGAUGCUUUACAGAUACCCAACGUUGUCACGCAAAAUCUCCCAACUGAUGUCGGACUAUAUCCAAGCCCUCCGCAGCAAAGACGAUACUCCGGGAUCGUUAUUGGCCAUGACUCGGGACGCAGAAGCCAGUAUUCUGGACAAAUAUAAGGAGGAACUUUCGACUACUCAAGAAGAUAAAUCGCGUGCUAGAUAUCCUGCCGAGAUGAAACGCAAACAACAGCACGAGUUGGUAGAAUCGAAGGAGGCCAAGCUUCAAGUAGAGACGACUGCCGAUUUCGACCCGAAUGGAAACAAUGAGCCCCGACAGCAACACUCGGCCCAGCAGCAGCAGCAGCAACCUCAGCCCAAACAGCAACAAUCAUCCACAGUGAUUAAACCGGACCAAAACGCCGCACAAGCCCCAGCCGUGCAACAUCACGACCACGAUUCCGAACCGAAAGUUUCCCACGCCCAGGUGCACGACAUGAGUCACGGAGAACCGACAUUCUUCACCCGAAAGAACUUUCACCGAGAUUCUAGAAAUGUCCAUCUGACAUUGGCGUUUGCUGGACUGUCGCUGAUGGCCGCCAUCUGUAUCGGAGUGGCCGUGAUACGCCGAAGAAACGCCAGAUUGCCACAAAAUCAGGGAUUCAUUGAAGUCGAUCAAGGAAUAUCCCAGGAGGAGCGUCACGUGGCUAACAUGCAAAUAAACGGAUACGAGAAUCCCACAUACAAAUACUUCGAAGUCAAAGAUCAAUAAAGGAAAAUUUAUAGCCCACAUAGCGAGAUAUACGUACUUAAGGAAACGAUUUUAACCACUCAGCAGCGUUUUUAACCAUUUAUCUAUAUACAUAAAAGUUUACAUAAAUAUGGAUGUGCAUGAUACUAAUAAGUACAUAUUAAUAUAUAUAAAUAUAUAUAUAUAUAUAUAAAUGAAUAUAUAUAUGUAUAUUUAUAUAUACAUAUAGUUAUACAUAAAUAGAUCUGAUUGAAUACAAAAUUAACGUAAUUUUAUGCGUAUAUGUAGUAAGGACCAUAAUAUAUUUCUAGACAAAAGUGCCAUUUUAUUUUCCUUCCAUCAAAACAAACAAAAAAAACAUAUCCUUUACCAACUAUACAAAAAGUUGAGAACAAAAAUUCCUGACCCACCGUUCUAGUCAAAACAUGCUUGUUUUCAUUAGUCUCGUUGGACACCAUAUACACAAUAUUUUGAAAAAUUUAAAUAAUACCCAAAACGUGUACAUUGUAAUUAUCUUUUGACCUUUGUCUAGUGCUUUUUUUUUAACUAUAUAGUACCAUCAGCAUUAUUAAGUUAGGUAUAUUUAUAGUUA